UAGGACUCUAUAAUGUUGGGGGGCGGGGCACUUCAGAUUCUAGAGAGCGUUUGAUUGGACAGAAAGCUGAAGUGCAGAAUGACAUCAUCAAAAUUGUUGCUCCGUAUUGAUGGACUAGAAAAACUUUUAAUUUUGAAUGCAAACAUCGUCUAAACGCGAAGUUUGUCACUGUUUUGGAGCGCACUAGCUUAUAGAUAACCUUAAGGCUAAUAUAUUAAUACUAAAAGCCACAAAACUUACUGAUACCGAUUUCAUGAGGACUUUAAUGCUACAACAUACAAAAACAUUUUAGACAAUUGUGUGCUUCCAACUUUUUUUUUUUUUGCAACAGUUUAGGGAAGACCCAGACAUGGGUGUGAUGGUCAGGUGUGCACAAAUUUACGCAAAUUGAGAAUAAUAUGAAUAUAGCGCAAUAAUCUGCGCGUCUCCGACGCAUCCUGUCAGCUCUCGAACGGCCCCGCGGUAUCACAUGUGGACGACCUGAAACGUCAUAUAUGCGCCAACAUGCGUGUAGUCUCUUUCCAGGUUUUCUUUUAUUUAUGCAGUGUUGUUUUGGUAUUAUUAUUAUUAUUAUUAGUGUUUUUUUCUAUUUAAUUUUAGUAUUAUUAUUACUAUUAUUAUUAUUAUUAUUAUUAUUAUUAUUAUACUAUUAUUAUUAUUUAUUUUUUUUCCCCUGCCAAUCUACUGCCCACACUCCAGUCCAGUAGGUGGCGGUAAUGCACCUUUAGUGGUUUGCCAACCGGCAUUAAAAAUAAAAAGAAGAAGAAGAAGUAGUAGUCUCUUUCCAGGAUGACUGCCUGUUAUGCUGGCGAGCUGUUUAAAGGAUUAGGAUUGUAGCUUGUCGAGCAAACGCUGUCAAUUGUUUAAGUAUUUACUCCGUGCUAUUAAACAUGCAUUCUAAUCUUAAAAGACUGUCCGCAAGCAAGGCUUCCGUGAAGUCCAGCACACAGACGACUAUCAGCAGGUUCUUCAGCAGUGCAGGAGAUCAAGGCGUGGAGGUCGACAAGCCAAGCAUUAACCGUGCUGAUCACAGUCAGGAAACCAGAGGCAAGAAGAGGCUGCCAUUACCUGACGGAGGUGGAUCCUUGAAGAAACGGCUUAAAGUCUCUCGCAGUGCGAAAGACUUGGAGAAAGACGAAGAGAGAAAGCCGACGAGCUCUGACGGUAGCACUAAAUUAGACGACCAGGGCCCUGCCUCUAAGGCAAGUCUUUCCUGCUCCACACUGGAGAAGCUGCGAGGUUUCAGCUGCCAUUCGGGCAAUGAGAGCAGCGCCACAUGCGAGAGUGUCAAGAUGGACGUCUCGGGAACAGGACAGUUAGAGAGCACAAUGAGAGAACAAGUCAAGAUGGAGGAGGACACUGAAGAAGAGCUGGUUCAGAGCAAACAGGUGGGUAACUUCAGUCGGUUUGCUAAGACUGGCGGUGUUUCAGCAUUUAAGAGGAGUCCCCCAGAACCGGCAGGACCUAAUAAGAGAACCAAGAGCAUCUACACUCCCCUUGAGCAGCAGUACAUGGAGAUUAAGGAGCAACACAAAGACACAAUACUUUGUGUGGAGUGUGGCUACAAGUACAGGUUCUUUGGAGAGGACGCAGAGAUUGCUGCAAAGGAGCUAAACAUCUUUUGCCACCUGGAUCAUAACUUCAUGACGGCCAGCAUCCCUACUCAUCGCCUGUUUGUGCAUGUCCGCCGCCUCGUCUCUCAGGGCUACAAAGUAGGAGUUGUAAAACAGACGGAAACAUCAGCAAUCAAAGCCUCCAGUGCCAACAAGAGCUCCCUCUUCACCCGGCAGCUAAGCGCACUUUACACCAAGUCUACACUGGUUGGGGAAGACAUGAACCCCUUGUUGAAACUAGGGGAUUUGGAGCAAGUUGAAGAUGUAGUGCAGGACACAGCCAGCAGCUACCUGAUGUGUGUGAGUGAGAGCUGGGAGAAACAGAGUAAGGAGCUGACUGUGGGCUUAGUGGUGGUGCAGCCCAGUAUUGGUGACAUAAUGGUGGACUGUUUUAAAGACAACGCAUCUCACUCCGAGCUGGAGGCCAGAGUUCUGAGGAUCCAACCUGUAGAGAUCCUGGUCCCCUCUAACCUGUCUGAGAGCACUGAGCGACUCCUGCGCACCAUCGCUCUGUCCAGCGUCCAGGCAGAUGAUCGCAUUCGUAUUGAGAAGCGAGACAGCACCCAGUUUGAAUACCCCACUGCCAUGCUGACCAUCAACAACUUGUUUGGCAGCGUAACUCCUCAGACAGCAGAAGAUCAGGAAAAGGGUUCCUCUCCAUUCUAUCUAAGUUUAGAGAGCCAAAUCGUCUGCUGUUUGGGGCCAGUGAUCCAGUACCUGACUGAAUUUAAGCUGGAGAGGGUUCUCCUUUGUUCCAGUUCGUUUAAGAGGCUGUCGAGUGAUGCAGAGCACAUGGUAUUGAGUGCCACUACUCUGAAGAACCUAGAGAUCUUUUGUAACCAGACCACAGGCACAGUCAAGGGUAGUCUGCUCUGGGUUCUGGAUCAUACACGCACUCCGUUUGGGAAGAGGCUGCUAAAGAAAUGGGUCAGCCAACCCCUAAAGUCUACAUCUGAGAUCCUGUUACGUCAGGAAGCUGUGGCAGAAAUCCUGUCCUCCGAGUCUGUCGUGUUGCCCUCCAUCCAGACCCUGCUCACUCGACUGCCAGACCUGGAGAGAGGUCUCUGCAGCAUUUAUCAUAAAAAGUGUUCCACUCAGGAGUUUUACCUCAUCAGCAGCACGAUGUCUCGCCUGAGUGCAGAACUUCAAGCCCUCGUACCCGCCAUCCAAUCACAGCUCAGCUCUGCCCUCUUAAAGAGCCUGCUCCUGGACACACCCCAGCUCCUCAGCCCUGCCCACAAUUUCCUCAAAGUGCUCAAUGAAAAGGCUGCCAAGACCGGGAAUAAAACGGAGCUUUUUGAGGACCUGACAGACUUUCCUGUAAUUAAGGAAAGAAAAGAAGAGAUUCAGGCUGUUCUCACAGAAAUGAUGGAACAUCGGCGAGAAUUAGCCAUCGUCCUUCGAAAUCCGUCGCUGGAUUACACCACCGUGUCUGGACAAGAGUUUCUCAUUGAGGUGAAAAACAGCAUGUCCUCCAUUGUCCCUCCAGACUGGGUCAAAAUUAGCAGCACCAAACUAGUGGGUCGUUACCACUCUCCCUUCAUUGUAGAGAGACACCAGCAUCUGUUGCGACUGCGCGAGCAGCUGGUUCUAGACUGCGGCAGAGAGUGGAUCAACUUCCUCCAGCUAUUUGGGGAACAUUACUACAUCCUGAAGAAAGCGGUGGGUUACCUAGCAACCGUCGACUGCCUCUUUUCAUUGGCCCAGGUUGCUAAAGACAACAAUUACUGCAGGCCAGAGGUUCUGGAGCAGGAGGGCCACAUAGUGAUCCGGGAAGGCAGACACCCAGUCAUCAACAUGCUGAUGGCGGAGCAGGAUCAGUAUGUGCCCAAUGACACUGAUCUUCAGGGUGAGGGCAAGCGAGCCAUGAUCAUCACUGGGCCCAACAUGGGGGGGAAGAGCUCUUAUAUUCGCCAGGUGGCUCUUAUAAGCAUCAUGGCCCAACUGGGAUCCUUUGUGCCAGCCACUGAGGCAUCAUUUGGCAUUGUGGAUGGCAUUUUUACAAGGAUGGGAGCCUCGGACAACAUCUCAAGAGGUCGAAGCACCUUCAUGGAGGAACUGAUGGAGGCCUCGGAGAUCCUGUCUCGUGCCACAGCACGUUCCCUAGUGAUCCUGGAUGAGCUCGGCCGUGGCACCAGCACACAUGAUGGAAUCGCCAUCGCCUACGCCACUCUGGAGUUCUUAAUCAGAGACGUGAGGUGUUUGACCCUCUUUGUGACCCACUACCCUCCACUGUGUGAGCUUGAGAAGCUGUACCCGUGUCACGUUGGAAACUACCACAUGUCCUUCCUGCUCAACGAGCCAGGGACUGCAGCUGAAGAGGAGGAGGUGCAGCCAGAGUUCAUCACUUUCCUCUAUCAGCUGGUGGAGGGAGCAGCAGCUCGGAGCUACGGGCUAAACGUGGCACGGCUAGCUGAAAUCCCCCAGAGCAUCCUCACAUCUGCUGCGCUCAAGUCCAAAGAGCUGGAGGCCAUCGUCAACAGCCGCAGGAAAACUGUGAAGCUGCUUACCGACGCUUGGAAAAUCACUAACAGGGAAUCAUUACACGAGUGGAAAAAAGGCGGACAUUAAGAAGGUGUGCGUGUUUGCGUAUGAUUGUGUGUGAGGAGGUGCUGUGUGCUGAGGUAGUCCCUAUAACACACACUUUAUUCGAAUCUACACGCAAUUGAGGUGUUUUUUUUUUUUUUUGUACGUUUUCCUUUUUAUGUCUGCACCUUUUUUUAUGUGUCACGAUCACGUCUGAAAGUUGAGUAUCUCUUGCAGAUUCAAGGUGCUAUGUUAUAGGUUCUGAGCAAAAUCUGAACGUGUAUACAGAACUGCUGAUCGAUGUGAAUUGCUGUUGUGUGAUGACGCAAAAUCAUUAAAUCAGAAAUCCUCUGCUUUGUA